AUGAAGUACCUCUUGGGCUUUCUAGAGGGCAUAUCUGAUGGUCCAGACCUCGCGGAUCCGGAGUUUCAACAAUUGCUCGUCGAUGUACAAGCUGGCAAGACUCAGCCCAAAUCCGCCGAUGCAUUCUACGAGUCCCUCGAGAAGAUCAUCAAUGAGCUCAAAAGUACCCCUGAAUCCUUGCCAUUCCAAAAGCCAGUCACGAGACGUGAUGCCCCUGACUACUAUGAAGUCAUCAAGAAGCCCAUGGAUUUAUCGACCAUGCUCAGAAACAUCAAGGGUCACAAGUAUAAGUCAAAGGCCGAAUUUGCUGCCGAUCUCAACUUGAUAUGGGACAACUGUGCGCUAUACAAUCAUGAGGGUCAUCCCAUUCGAAUCGGUGCUCGGUUCAUGAAGCAAAAGGCCGAUCACCAUCUAGAGUUCCUAGCAGACAAGAACGAAGCACCUCAGCAGACCUUCAUCCUCCCUACUUUGUCCGGCUCUGGGAUCUCAGUGGCCGCUCGGCAGAUUGCAGCCGCGGGACCUCACGCCCCCUCUCAACCUUCUCCACUUCGAGAGGCUUCUCAAGCUCCUGCAGCGGACGAAGAUGCUCGAGGUGAAAUCGUGGAUAGCACACAGGGCGAUAGUGCUGCGUCACAGUCCUUUCGAGCAGAGGCCGGAGCGGGGCCGCAAUCCAAUACCGCCACGCAAGAACAAUCUUCUUCUCAAGGGCAAGAAGAAGCGGAGGCGUCAAGCAGUCGUCGAGAUCCCAAUCUCUUCUCGUCGACGGAUUCACGCCUCGGUGUUGGCCGAGCGAGUAGCAUCGGUCGGAUCACUCAGGCCAGCUGGCCAAAGCUCCAGACCAACCUCGACACCGCGCCGGCCCUCAUCCGGACGUCGAACACGAUGAACCAAUUUUUCCCCAUCUCCUCCACUCAUCUUCCUGGACCAUCCUUUUCCGACAAGGGCAAGGCCAAAGAGGUGCUCACAGCAUCUACACCUCCGGCAUGGUAUCCAUCUACUGGGCGACCCGAUCCCGCAGAUGCUAGUCCACUCGAAGGCCACUGGUGGACAGCCAUCAUCAAGGACGAGGCAUUUGUUGGUGGCAUGCCUGCUACCCCGGUGAUGGCGCACUCUGUGUCGCCCAAAGUAGCCCGCAUAAGAGCGAAAAAGCGGCGAAGGGUCUCGGAAUAUGCUAGUGAAGAUCGGAAUGGCUUGGACUUCACCAAUCAAGGUCAUCGAGGCGGCACACCAGCAUUGGAAUCUCCAAGACCGGUCAAACUGGAAUCCCUUGUUCAUCGAAGCGUGGAUAGACUUAUCGAAGCGAGAAAAUUGAUGAAUCAGAUUCAGGACUUUCAGCGGAUAGAGCUAGAGGGCGGUAUUCUGCCGCCCAUCCAGCGCUUCGAUGAAAAGCUGGAGAGGGAACGGCGGAGGGAAGAAAGGGCCGAACGGAGGGCGAGGGAGAAAGUGGAAAGGAUGGAGGCCCGGAAGAGGGCAUCGAAUGGGGGUGAGAUGGGCGAAGAAGAGGCCGUCAUGAAUAUAAGACGCUCAACCGCGGGUUUACUGGCGCAUGCUGGAUUCGAGGGAGCCAACGAGAUAGCACUAGAUACUGUCACUCGAUUAGUGAUUGACCAUAUCCGGAGCCUUGGACGGACAUUCCGCUUGUUCCUCGAUGGUUCAUCACACGAUCUGACUUCAGAGCAAAUGACACUGCAUGUUUUGCAUGAGAACGGCCAGAUACAGCUACAAGAUCUAGAAGCGCAUAUCAAGGAUGAUAUCGAGCGAGAAGGCGUCAAGGUGGCAGAGAUGACGAGAAAAGUCAAGCAAGGGUACAAGGAUGUGACUGCGGCGCCUGUGGUGCAUGACGAUAUGAUGUUUGCAGAGGAUGGGGAAAUGCUGCUCGACGGGAACUUUGCCGAAGAGCUGGGAGAGGAUUUCCUUGGACUUCGCGAGAUGGGCAUUGACAAGGAGUUUGGUCUGUCAAGCCUCACAGUGCCUUCGAGCUUGUUUCAUGGUCGACGGAAACGGGUCGCGAAUGCUGAUCAGUAUGGUUCCAAGCAAGCCGACUACGACUAUCCUCCACCUCCACCCUUUGUGCCUCUCGCUCCAUCUGCUAUCUCGGCACAACUUCCCGCACUGCUCCACGCCUUUUACGCGUCCCGGCUGGAGAGUGGUUUGGGCAUACAGGAAGAUGACCCUUUUGAUCAUGUUCAUUCGCAGAUCGGAUCUAUGGGUCAGAUAGUUGUCAAGAGUAUCGGCGUCAAGAAGAAACGACCAGAAGAGGUGGAAAAGGCUGAUCAGCAAGAGGAGGCGAAAAAGGUCAAGCCGAAAAAGCCGCCGAAAGUAGGUGUGGGCAAGGGUAACUGGAUCCGACCGCCGAAACACGAGCGAGAUCGUCGGGCUGCGGAAAAGAGGGCAGCACUGGAGAGACAAAAGCAAUUGGCCAGCCAAGGGAAUGGGGAUGGAGUCAUCACCAUGACGGAGGAUGUCAACGGUAUCGCGGCUGCGGGUGACGAUGAUGCAGAGGGAGAGGAGGAGUAG